UUAUUUCGGGAAAAAAAAAAUAUGAUAACCCACCCUUCGCAAAGGAAAAUCGUUAUAAUUACACCCGUAUCCUCAAACUAGGGUUUCUUCUGCUUUUCAAGUUUUUUGCUUUUGUUAUCGCAGCAGCAAGAGCAGCCAAUUCAGCACGAUGACGACUCUCGUACCAACCUCCGAAGAAGAUCCAGCCCUCUCCGUCGUUCGCUUCACCUCCGAGAUCUCAUGGGCCGAUGCCGGUCCCGAGGUUGCUGAGCCACAAGUGAGUCGUUUGUGCUUGGAGGCUUCGGAAUGUAUGCUCGCUGGAAGAUGGUUGGAUUUGACCUCUCUUAUGCUCACUUCCGCUGAUGUCAUUUUCUCCAAAGCUUCCGACAAAGAUCUUGAGUGCAUCUUUACUGUCAUAUGCAAUCUUGUCAAGAAGACAGGCAGUCUUGAUGAAGCACUGGAGAUGGCAAAGCUCAUCUCCACCAAGGUCACUCAACAGCCUAAUGAUAAGCCCGCUCUUCGUCUCAAAAUCAUGUUUAAUCUGUACAACCUAUUGGAGAAUCCAUACAGUCGGUUCUUUGUAUACAUGAAGGCCCUUAAUUUGGCUGUCAACGGGAAGGUCAUUGAACAUGUUGUUCCCUCUUUCAAGAAAAUUGAUAGUUUUCUCAAGGAGUGGAAUCUUGGGGUUCAGGAUCAGAGAGAACUCUUUCUCUCUGUGUCGAAUAUUUUGAAAGAAAGUAAAAGCUCGGCUAAGGAUUCUUUCAAAUUUCUGACCAAAUAUCUAGCAACAUUUUCUGAUGAAGAUGCACAGAAUAUGGCAGAAGCUAAAGAAGAAGCAGUACGAGCCGUUGUUGAAUUUGUGAAAACACCAGACAUGUUUCAGUGUGACUUGCUUGAUAUGCCUGCGGUAGCGCAAUUGGAGAAAGAUGCAAAAUAUGAGUCGGUAUAUCAACUUCUGAAGAUUUUCCUGACUCAAAAGCUAGAUGCUUACUUGGAAUUUCAUUCAGCAAAUUCUUCAUUGCUGAAAAACUAUGGUAUUCUUCAUGAGGACUGUGUAGCAAAGAUGAGAUUGAUGUCGUUGGUUGAUCUUGGGGCCAAUGAGUCUGGUCAUAUUCCAUAUGAUCUAAUUAAACAUACAUUACAAAUUGCCGAUGACGAGGUGGAAGGAUGGGUUGUUAAGGCAAUCACCGCCAAGUUGUUGGACUGCAAGAUUGAUCAGAUGAAUCAAAUAAUUAUCGUGAGCCGGUGCACUGAGCGAGUAUUUGGGUUGAAUCAAUGGCAGUCUCUCCGGACGAAGCUGGCAACAUGGAGGGGUAAUAUUUCAAACGUAAUCGCCACAAUCCAAGCAAACAAGGUGGCGGAAGAUGGUGCACAGUUGAUGCAGGGCUUGGCAAUACAUUGAUCUGACAGCGCUCCUAAAAAAGAUAUGAUGAUAAGACAUGAGUUUAGCUGUCUUACAUUCUGUACUUUUGCGAUUUUGAUGGAGUAUAAAUUUGAAGUUUUAUCUGUUCUCCAAAUUGCUUUAAUUUUAUUGUUGUCAGAGUUUUUCAGGCUCAGAAUUCAAUUAUAUGCCUGUAAAAUUGUUAUUUGGCAAUGUUCAGUUAAGGACGAUCUAUAUAUUUUAACCAUGUAUUAUGGUUUAACUUUCCAUACAA